CAGAAGAGACUGAAGAAGGAAGCUAAGAAGAAAGCACUUGCUAACGGGAAGGAUGCUUCUGCUAAGACGUCCAAGAACCAUUCUUCUGAUGAGGAUAUUAGCCCCAAGCAUGAAGAGAAUGUUGUGCUGGAUGUGGAUGAGGAUGAAGACGAUGAUGAUGAUGAUGAUGAUGGUGUCCAGUGGCAAACCGAUACUUCCCGUGAAGCUGCUGAGAAGAGAAUGAAGGAACAGUUGAGUGCUGUAACUGCGGAGAUGGUGAUACUCACUCCAAUGGAAGCAGUAGAGAAAAAGGCCCCCAAAAGCAAAUCUAACGGGGAUGUUGUGAAGGCUGAGAAUCCUCCGCAAGAGGAAAAGAAUCUCGUGCAGGAGAUGAAAGAGUAUCUGAAGAAAGGCUCACCCGUAAGCGAGCUCAAAAGUUUCAUCUCCUCUCUCUCCAAGCCUCCACAGGAUGUCAUGGAGGCACUCUUCAAUGCUCUCUUUGACGGUGUGGGAAAAGGAUUCGCUAAAGAAGUGACUAAGAAGAAGAAUUACUUAGCGGCUGCAGCAACAACACAAGAGGAUGGAUCACAGAUGCAUCUGCUCAACUCAAUCGGGACAUUCUGUGGAAAGAAUGGAAACGAAGAAGCAGUGAAGGAGGUGGCUUUGGUUCUCAAAGCACUGUACGACCAGGACAUCAUUGAGGAAGAGUUUGUGUUGGAAUGGUACAAUAAGGGUGUGACAGGAGCUGAGAAAAGCUCUCCGGUUUGGAAGAAUGUUAAGCCUUUUGUGGAGUGGCUCCAGAGCGCUGAGUCCGAGUCCGAAGAGGAGGAUUGAGACAACAUUUUCUUCUUUCCUAUCAUCGACUAUGUUUCUUUUUUUGUUGCUGCGGGGUUUCUUAAAAAAUUAUUCGUCGGUUAUUAUUGAGUAACAAAUCUUUUUGCAGUGGUUUUUAAUAAUGAACAACUAUUAAUAUAUU